AUGCACCUGGACGUGGCAGGUCUGCGGCUUUCGCGUUUCGAGGUGAAAUUUACAGACACGAAACCGGGCGAGACGUACCGCAUCGCCCUGACUCUGACAAAUAUCAGCCGGAACUCCAGAAACAUACAUUUCUACCAACCAAAGCUUCAGUCAUUUAGAGUUCUUGUGAAGAAUUCUGAAGAGCGUAUUGCUCCUGGAAUGCAAAUCAAAGCAAUUGUGGAAUAUUUUAAUGAAGAAGAACAUGAUGCAAAAGAUCAAUUUGUUAUAACUGCAGAUGAAGAUGUUGUUGAAAUCCCAUUGCUUGCCUUUAUUCCUGCUUGUUACCUUGAUAUUGAUUCAGGAAUUGAUUUUGGCACUGUGGUAGCCAACAACAAGACCAUUUAUAACAAAAUAAGAAUUACGAAUCAUGGUUCUGUUGCAGGCCAGUUUAAAAUUGUGGAAAAAGGCAAUUUGCCAGUGACUAUUGUGCCCAGCAGUGGAAUAGUAGACCCUAAAGCUUUGAGAUUUGUCAGAAUUGAAUUGUUUACUCUCAAGCCUAUGAUCAUCAAUGAAGAUUUCGUGGUGAGAUUGGAAGGUCGUGAAGACAUGUUUCUGAAAAUUAAAGUGAAUAUAGUGGAGCAAAUUCUAGAAAUAGUGGACCUUUCUGGCCAGAAGCUGGAAUGUUUGCAGUUUGGUAAUGCCUACUAUGGAACCACAAAGCAACGUCAAGCUGUGUUGUACAAUAACAGUCCUGAAACCAUCAAAUGGGUGACAGUCCUGGAGGAUGAUGGUGUUGGAUCUGAAGUGGGUACAGAUUUAUUCCUGAGAUCAGAUGCAGCAAUUGGAGAGAUUGAGCAAAAUAAUUUCAAGACACCUAAGGAAACUACUUUAAUUAGCAGUCUACCACAACAAGGACUUCUGAAACCAUAUAACAAAAUUAUAAUCACUCUGUGCUUCUAUCCAAAGGCUCGUGGUUAUACAGAUUUUUAUCCAAAAGAAGAUGAAAUACCAAAACGCCAAGAUUAUGCCCUCUACAUAAAAUUUAUGACUGUGCACAGUAACAAAAACGUACCAACACCAUCCAAUGGAUACCCUGCAAUAAAAGAUUAUCGAUGUGUUGAGUUAGCAUUGACAGGGACUGGGUUUCCUGUCAGAUUAAACAUAAGUCCAACAACAGAAUUUGAUUUCAGUGAAUGCCUUCUUGGAGAAAAAGUAGAUGUCUUGAGUAAUUUUCGAAAUGACUCAUUGUUGCUUCCAAUCAACUUCCAGUUCCGCAGAAUAGCACAUUUUCAUGUCAUGCCUGUAAAAGGAACGAUUAUCCCAGGUGAAACAAAGAAUAUUGUGAUCUCAUUUGUUCCAAAACAAAUUGGGACAUUCAAAGUAAAUCAAGUGAUAGACUGCAUUGGAUCAGUAGUGGUUUCGGAUGAUCCAUUACAAUUGACAAUGCAGCCUUUCCACCAAGUAAACCUCUUUUUAUCAGGUGUUUGCAAAACUGUCAUGAAGAAAAUUGAAGCAAAUUGCAAUUCUGUGAUACCCUCUGCUGUUACCAAUGAACCUGGUCAAUUUGAUGAUGUGAAAACCGAUCAAAACAAUGGAAGUGCUGACAAUAAAUCUGUCUCUAUGGCACCCAGUGAUGGAGCUGAAUCUAAAUCCUACGAUCAAAAUGAGCACAAAAUAUCAGAAAAUAAUGGGCUGAUUUCAUUUCCUAUUGACCAUUCUGAAUGUAUUAGACCCUGUGAUAAGAAGGAAAAAUGCAGGAUUGUUUCCUCCAAAAUUAAACGUUAUACCUAUGUGGAUCCUGACUACGCUUACAUGGAAAAGGAAAUAGAAGCAAUAAAUGCACACAGAAAGUAUUACAUGGAUUAUAUUCAAGGUCUGAAAGAACGACGCUUACACAAUGAAAGUUGCAGAGAUUUUGAAGAGUUCAACAAUACAGUAGACAUAGGGCUGAAACCAGCAGGAGGGCUCAUUCCUCCAAGACUUUCAUACUCAGAAAUUUUCAAUGAGAAAUGUGUCGAAAAUGCCAUUCCAUCUCCCAUGAUUGCACUUAGAACAAGAAAUGAGCUUUUAUCCAGGGAGAUGAAAUCCAUAGAAGAAUCACCAAUGGAUGGUCUUAAUGUUGUUCCAAGUACACCCCAAGAAAAGGAGGAUUGUAAGCAGGUACUGACACCUCAAGAGCUUCACCAAAUACUCAUUGGGCCAUCGAUAAUCGACUUUGGAGAAGUUUGUGUAAAUUCAAUAUCAAAGCAGAACUUGAAUAUUGUGAACUGUUUACCUAUGUACAUUCUUUUUGAAAUUGAAAUUGCUUGUUUGGAGCUGCAUCAGACCAGUCCUUUAUCUCAGGUGAUCCCACCCCAAUCUACAUUUUACUUACCGUUGAUAUUCGAAACUGACCUACCUGGAAAUUUUCGCAAAUCAAUUAAAUGCAAAAUAAAUGGCUGCAGCAGUGCUGAAGUGCUACUAAUGGCAAAGGUGGUGAAUCUUGCUCUCGAGCUGUCAAGCAAUGUGGUGGUAGUGAAGCCAAACUUUGGAUUUCUACCAGAGACUGGAUUCAGGACUACAGUUAAGCUUUACAAUCGCAAAAACAGCCCAGCUGAAUUCACCUGGGUCCCAGUAAUAACAGAAAAAGGAAUAGCAUUCUCCAUCCGGCCUGCUAAAGGCACUGUUGAUGCAUUUAUGGACCUGGAGUGUGAAGUGGUUUGGCAUCCAUCAUUCUUCUCCCCAAUCGAAGGAGAGCUUGAUCUUUUUGUACAUGAGGGCAACAAAAUCAGACUGAAAUGCAUCGCCAAGCUUGGCCCUACCACUGUCCAGUUUCUUGAGAAACAUGUGCUUUUUAAUGCAGCCCCAUGGAAUUUAAGUACUGUGAAGGGAGCUAUUAUCAAAAACCUUGGACAAAAUCAUGCUUACUUUAAGAUCAAAAAUGAGAAUCCUCUUCCUGGGCUGACUGUAUAUCCUGUUUCUGGGACAAUACCUGCUGGUGGUCAUGCAAUUCUCAAAAUUGACCUCACCCCAACUAAAGUGUUCAAGUUUGACAUCAGAGUAAAGGUAGAGAUUCGAAAUUCAAGUACAUUGAAAUUACGGAUUGGAGGAUCAGUGGAGCCACCUCAGGCUGACAUCAGUGUGAAAUAUUUCAAGUUUCCUGGUGUAUUCCUUGGUGCUACCUAUACUAUUCCUUUCACUUUACUGAAUCUGACUGGAUCACGAAUGAUAACUCAUUUUAAUCUGUCUGACAACAAAGACUUUGCAUUGAAGUUUGAAGACUCUGCAGAUUCAAGUAACGAUCCAUUUGAUCCACACAUCUGUGAUGUGAAUCUAAAAGCCAAAGAAGAAAUCAAAUGUGAAUUACUGUUCACACCUACAGAAUUGGCAUCCUAUAAUUUUAAUCUGCCAAUUAUCAUCAACAACUCUGCUUCACCUUCUCCUCCUCCGAGUUCUGUACCAUGUAGUCCACAUGAUGACAAAUUUCUACUCUGCCCUCGGGUGCAGAUAUUGAACCAGCCUACUCCUUCUCGAAGAGUACAAGCCAUAGAUUUUGAAAUUUUGACCAUUUAUGAGAGGCAUAUUGCUUGGGACAAAAUAGAAUAUGUUACAAUCUGCAAAGUUACAUUUGUGAAACACUGUUACAAGAGAAUUACAAUAAAAAACACAUCUAACAAAAUUGUCCAGUGGAUGUUAGAUUUAGACAGUCAAAACGAUGAGGCCCUUGAAGAAGGUAUUUUCAGAUUCCAUCAGCACAAUGGGAGUCUUCAACCAGGCCAAGGACAUUGCAUGACUAUCUGCUUCUGCCCAAAGUGUCCUGGCGAAUACAUAAGUAAGAUACCUAUGUUUAUCAAUGAAGAGAAAACCUAUCCAUUCAGAACAAUUACUGUAUCAGGCACUAUACAUACCCCAGAGCUGAUCUUCGAUCCUCCUAUUUUGGUGUUGAAUCCAGUUCCCCUAAACAUGAAAAUUACAGCAAUUGUCCAAAUUACUCCCAUCCACUACGCAAGUUCCAGAGAAUGCAUCCUUGAAGUUGAAAUCCCAGAUAUUGAAAUGGGGGAUGAGAUGAGAGUUAAGCUACUAUCAUUCCAGUUCCCAGAUGGUCUUGAGGUAUUGAGUGAGAAGAAUACAAGCAUAACUUGCAUUAUUACCUUCUGUUCAUUCAAACCAAUCUCAUUGUCUAUGAAUGUCAUUUUCAUUGAUCAGAAAAAUAACAGGUUCAAGCUGCCAGUUUCUGCAACUGCAGAUAAUUGUCUGUUGACUGUGUAUUCAUACAUUGGUUUAAAUCACAAAGACCAAAAUAUCAUUAUCAAAACUGAUUAUGAUGAUGGAAAUAGCAAUGCAAAAAUUUUUCUGCAAACCUAUGGUGUCACAGAAAAUUCCUCACUCAAUACUUCGAGUACCUCAUUUACUGCUUUCACAUUAAAUGAUGGGUCGUUUUCAGGAUCUUCUGAGAGUGAAAGUAGGGAAAUAGAAAGUAAUAGUGAUGAGGCAGGUGACGGAACUUCACAGAUUUGGGAGAAAAAUAAAAGAAUGGGAGUGCUGACUUUCCCUGAUGAUAACGAAGAAGUACCUUUUUGUGAAAGGGUUCUAACUGCUGUACAGAAUUGGUUCAGUCUUUUUGGCUGGUCUAAAGGAAUGCAUUCCAUUUCAAUUCCAUAUUCAUUGAGAAGCAGGGAGCUUGCCACAGAAAGAAUGACCAUUUAUGAUGCUCUGAGCCAUUUAAGUGGACAGAUAUUGCCAAUAAUUUCAAAGCAUCAGUUGCCCAGGGACCCAGUGGACCAUGUAAAGGGCUUACAUUGGCUGCAUUCUACGUUAUUAACCUAUUUAGAAGAACAAGGUGCUUCGCUUGCACAUGUAAGACCUGAGUUAUUGUUUGACAUUGAAGAGUUCACACAAUGGAAUCAGUUGCAGAGAUCAGAAAAAGCUGAAAUUCUUGACCUGGAUAAGGAUUUGUUUGAGUCUGCAAGCAAACGUGCAUGGACUGAUGUAUUGCUACAAAUUUAUAAGGUUUCGGUUCUUUCACGAAUAAAUCAAAAGGAUAUAAGCAAAACCUUUAGCUAUGCAAAAUACAUGGAUAGUAUUCCAAAAAUUAAUCCUGACUCUCUUGCUAGCAAUAUUUAUUCCGCGCCUGAGCGCUGCCUCCUAACUUGGCUCAACAUUCAUUAUGAAAACAUGAGACAUCAUGUAUGGAAAGACUGCCAAAAAGGUGGUAUCCCAGCAAUGCGCUGGGUAAUUAAUUUUGACGCAAAUCUCUUGGAUAGUUUGGUGCUGGCUGCCGUUCUGGCUCAUUAUUGCCCCUCUAUGAUUUCAACCCACUUUGUGAAUAUGUACACUUUUCCAUCUUCUCCUGAGCAGUAUUUGCACAACAGUCUGGUAUUUCUCAAUGCCUUUCAUACCAUUGGUCUCAACUUUGAUAUACAGGCUACUGACAUUUCUGAUCCAAACCCGGUCAUGAUGCUUAUGCUGUGUGUCUACUUAUAUGAAAACCUUCCCAAUUACGUUCCUAAGAAGUCUUUGGAGUUUACUUGUAGUCUGCAUUCCACCAUUGUUAAACAGAUCCGUUUGAAAAAUCCAAGCUCCAGACAACUCGUGUACCUUGCAACAAUAGUGGGCAGAGAGGCAGAUGACUUCUCUUUGCCCAAAGGAAACAAAGUGACAGUCUCUGCAAAGGGUCACGUUGACAUUGCAGUGCAAUUCAGAAGUCGGUUCUUACAUCAAGCGCAGGCUGUUUUAGUAUUUGUUUCCUGGAACGUCAAGGGAGCAGAGGGCACCACAACAACAUUUUUUCUGACUGCAGAAAUCAAUACUAUUAAUCCUAUUGAUACUAUCAAAUGUGAAUCUCCAUGCUAUGAGCCGAAAAAAGUUUACCUCGAGAUUACAAAUCCUUUUAAGGCAAGUGGAGAUUUCAGGGUCAUUUUAAUGGAGGUGAACAAAAAGCUUUGUAAAGCAAAUCGUUUAAAAUGCAUCACAGGGCAAAAUGUGCAUGGAUCAGAACCAGAUCCAUUUGAAGGCAAAAAUGAUGAUGUCAAUCAAGAUGGAGUUGAUGUUCAAACACCAAAACUGAAAAACUGCAAGUAUUCUGUCAUAUGUCUCUCUUUUCGAGCUACAAUACCUGAAUUCUUCAUCCAAGUAAAGUCCUUACAUCUGAAGGCCAACAGUUCAGCUGUUCUGAAAGUUCUUUACCUUCCUUUUCACAUGGGCAAAAGCAAUUAUACCAUUUUUUUUGCCAAUGCUCAGAUUGGAGAAUUUAUGUAUGCUCUGGAAGGCACUUGCUGUUUACCACUGCCAUCAGCUCUACUCCCAAUGUCUGGUCCCUGUGAAACACUGAACAACUGUGCUGCAGCAGAUAACUACAGUGAAACACAAACUGUCCUAUACUUCAAAUACAAUGACAGUUGCACCUUUGAACAAGAGCUGCAAAUCCCAUUCAUCAAUAAAUCCAAGGAAAAAGCUCUGGCUAUUGCAGCGCAGCAGCAGAUGUCACAGAUAGAAUAUAAGCGCAGAACAAUCACUGGCACAUUGGCCAGCAGCAGUAUCCGAGCUGAGGCUGCAAUUACUGUUUUUUCCUGCCCUGAGAUGACUUUUUCACCCAGCGCCUUAAGAAUCUGCAAUGGACCUAAAGUCAUUGACUAUAAAGUGGAAACAACCAUGCCAAAGCACUUUGAAAUUCCAGAUAAAAUAUCAAUUCCUGUAUUGAAAUCUAACAGAGUAAAGUGUGACCCCCAAGAACCAGGAUGUCGGAACUGGACUGUAAAAGAUAAAGAAGAAUCAAUUGGGGUUCUUUUGAAAUUUAAACCAACUGGGCCAGGCCGAUACCUUUGUCACAUCCUGCUGCAUUCUCCAUAUGAUAUUCGUGUGUACAAUGUUGAAUGUGUGGUAAAUCCUAGUGAUAACACUAAGACUGAGUUCCAGAUCGUUACUCCAGCCCAUCAAGCUAUUAUUAAAAAUAUUCCUAUUCACAAUGAAACCCGACAGGAAUGGAAGAUUCAGGCUAUUCUGGAAGGAGUGGGCUUCUAUGGUCCACCAAUGUUAUGUGUACCAGCUUGCAAAACAUCAGAAUACCCAGUGAUGUUCAAACCUGCUUUUGAGUGUGUAACAACGGGUAAACUUGUACUGAAGAAUGAAACAGAUGGUUCUGAAAAUGUCUUUCACUUCAAAGGCACUGGCAUAAAGUCUUUGGCCCUGGAUCAUGUUGUGAUAGACUGUCAAGUAAAACAGAUCACAAAGAAGGUCCUAAUGGUUCCCAAUUACACUCAAGCCUGUUUAUCAUGCAAGGUUGUUUCAGACUUGAGAACAGUGAGUGGACCACCGCUACUUACGAUGAAAGCCGGCCAGAUUGCUCCAUAUCAAAUUCAAAUUUUACCAUGGAAACGUGGAAAAUUUAAAGGUGUAAUCUCAUUUGAGGUCAAUGAUGAAACAGCCCCACAUCUCACCAAUUGCUCAUUGCAAGAGACAGAUGGUGAAGAACCACUACCAUGCAUGUUAAAACUACCAUCCCAAGCAAUUAAUGCAGAAAGUUCUGAAGAGAAUUGUAAAGUCUACAGAGUCUGGUUUUACUUGGAAAUUAAUAGUGCCCCAGCCCCUCCUGAGCAAUGUCUUUGUGUAUGCUGUGCUGUGCAGAAUACCAUCCACCUGGAACUCUCCAUAUGCAAUCCUAUUAAUGAACAUUUGACACUUCACGUAAUAUUGAAUGGGAAUGGGCUUAUAGGAGAAGGCAGCCUAGUGCUUAAGCCUAAAGAAAUGAUUUUGUAUGUGGCAAAGUAUGCUCCAAAUUCUGUUGGCAAAAGUAUUGGAAGCAUCAUCUUCCAGUCGGAAAGUGUAGGAGAAUUCUGGUAUGAAAUAGAACUUAUUGCAGAGAAGCCAUUACCAAAAAAUCUUCCAGAGCUACAAUGUGAGCUGGGAAAAUGGAUCCGUCAGUCCAUCUCUCUGCUUAAUUCUACUUAUGAGACUUUGCAUUUGGAAAUGGUCAACAGUAAUCCAGGAAACUUCACUGUUGAGAUUGAUCCCAAGAAACCACUGAUUGUGGCUCCUCAUUCUACAACAGACGUACCUGUUAAGUUUUCUCCCUCAGCACUGGGGAAAGCCAAUCACUGUGCAACUGUCAUGUUCAAAUGUCCUCAGUUGGAGGAAUGGAUAUUUUGUCUGUCAGGAAUAGGGCUCCUUCCCCAACCUAUGGAAUCGGUUAGCAUCAGUGCAUUGAUCAACUCUCAUUCGUCAAUCAUCUUACAAUUCAGGAACCCCACUGAUGAAGUUGUCCUUGUUGAUGUGGUGCUGACAGAUCCGAAACAGGCCACUCAUCAACACAGUGCUUCAGCUCUGCGUCAGUCCACCAACAAUGAGCUAGCUUUCUGCAUUCCACUGAGGCAAUCUAAAGGAAUCACACUUCUUCCAAAGGCAACGUUGGACAUCCCUUUGAUUUUUUCACCCGAUGAAAUGAAAUAUUAUGAAGGGUUGAUUAUGGUACAAAUUAUGAAAGAAAAUGGAAAGAACUGGAACUAUGACUAUCAACUAAUGCCUAAAGCAGAUCCGAGAAGUAUCAGUAAAUCAAAUAAUGAAGAAAUUAAUGGAAUCCGGUGGUUAUACCCAAUUCGUGGUAUCCCUGAGGCAUUGCCCCCUGAUGUAUCUCCUGCUGUUAUACAGUGUCAAGCCAAAAACCGAAUAGAAGAAAGAGUUGAGAUCGUACUAACAGGCGCUGUCCCUGGUUCUUCAGCUACACAAACAAAGCAACCUGAAGCCUUCAUCCCUUCUAUUGCUCAUUGCCAUCAAGAUGGACUUCAUGAAACUAAUGGGCACAUCACAACAGCAGAGUUUCUGCAUGAAGUUAUGUACGACUCUGAGGAUGCCAGAAAUCAGAUGGAGUCUUCAGUUGCAGUGACCUUUAUGAAAAAGGAAUGGGACUUGCAAACUGGUAUUGUCACAUUAAUCUUCAACUUUGUCUUUGCACCAUAUAAACCAGUCAGGCAUCGGGCAACAUUAGUCGUGCACUCUACUACUGGUGGAGUCUGGAAAUUCCCAUUGCUGCUUAUUGCAACUGAGCCACAGAUAGAUGAUGUUAUCAAUAUUGAAGCUACAGGAUUAUACAACAAAUCUGUUGUUGGAUUUAGACUUACAAGCCAAACAAGCUGUCCAGUGGCAUUUUCUGCAUACUUCCUACCUGGCAGCAGUCAGGAAUUUACUGUGUCACCCCAAGCUGGAGAAUUGCUUCCUUUUGGCUCUGCUGGAACCCUAAUCACUGUUGGAUUCACACCGCGCAUGUACAGCAAAAAGUAUAAAGCAAUACUGCUCAUAAGGACGAUGGAUAUGCAAUGGACAUAUGAGAUCAACGGUUUGGAUCCUCAGUAUACUCCUCCUACUGUUCAAUCGAGCAAAACCACCAUUUCAGCCUUGAAGCCCCCUGUUGCUGUGCGACAACGCAACUUCAUCCGUGAAAACCUCAAGGUACCUACAACUGCAGUUUUGUCUCCAAUCAAAUUCUCAUCCAAUUGCGAGAACACAGUAAUUAAACUUCACAGUUAUUAGUUCAAAUUCAUAGAGACUGUGUUGUAUGUAGAAACAAGUGCAAGUUUUGUAAUUGUAGCCAAUUUAAAUGACAACAUUGACAAUUUCACUCACAAUUUUGAACUAUUUGUUUGUUCUAUCUCCAGAUUGGAGCUGAAGAUUACUAUACAUAAUCCAAUGUAUUUUGUCAAUAAAUGUUUUCAGUGUAACCAUUCUAAAUUCAUCACUUGCAUUUUCUUUGAAUAAAGACAUUAAUUAA